GCCGCAGUUCCCACGACCUGCUGCGCACGCGGCUGACUCCGCCCCGGAAGUAGUGUGCGCCCUGGCCAACGCGGGGCGGAAGCUGUGGAUGGCGGGGAAAACAGCGUUGCUUGUGUGGAUAAGCUGGCGCUGUUGCUAGACGACGAACUGUAGCCUCGUCACUUCCUAGGGUUGCGGUCCGCCCAGGCCGGGAGUAGGGGGACGGGAGCCUGAGUGGGCUCGGAGUUGCCCGCGUGCAGUACCCGCGGCCAGCCGGGCAUCGGGAGUCGGGGGCCACGCCACCUGCGGAGAAGAACUCGAGCCGAGGCGGGAAGAUGGCUGCAGACAAGCCUGCUGAUCAGGGAGCAGAGAAACAUGAAGGGAUGGGCCAGUCAUCUGGGAUCACUGACCAAGAGAAGGAGCUGUCUACCAGUGCUUUCCAGGCGUUCACAUCUGGAAAUUAUGAUGCCUGUCUGCAACACCUUGCCUGUCUCCAAGAUAUAAACAAAGAUGAUUAUAAAAUAAUUUUGAAUACAGCAGUAGCUGAGUUUUUUAAAAGUAAUCAAACAACAACAGAUAAUUUGAGACAAACACUUAACCAGCUGAAGAAUCAGGUCCACUCGGCUGUUGAAGAAAUGGAUGGAUUAGAUGAUGUUGAAAACAGCAUGUUGUAUUAUAAUCAAGCAGUUAUUCUUUAUCAUCUGCGGCAGUAUACAGAGGCAAUAUCUGUUGGUGAAAAGCUUUAUCAGUUCAUAGAACCUUUCGAAGAAAAAUUUGCCCAGGCAGUGUGUUUUCUGCUUGUAGACCUGUAUAUAUUAACCUAUCAAGCUGAGAAAGCUUUGCAUCUUCUUGCUGUCCUAGAAAAAAUGAUUUCACAGGGUAACAAUAAUAAAAAUGGGAAGAAUGAGACUGGCAGUAAUACCAACAAAGAUGGAUCUAAUCAUAAAGCUGAGAGUGGAGCUCUAAUAGAAGCUGCAAAAUCAAAGAUACACCAGUACAAAGUAAGAGCUUAUAUCCAAAUGAAGUCCCUGAAAGCAUGCAAAAGGGAGAUCAAGUCAGUCAUGAACACAACUGGAAAUUCUGCACCCUCCCUGUUUCUUAAAAGCAAUUUUGAGUACUUAAGGGGCAAUUAUCGAAAAGCUGUGAAGCUAUUAAAUAGUUCAAACAUUGCUGAGCAUCCAGGAUUCAUGAAAACAGGUGAAUGCUUGAGGUGUAUGUUCUGGAAUAAUCUUGGUUGCAUCCAUUUUGCCAUGAGCAAGCACAAUUUGGGGAUUUUCUACUUUAAGAAGGCUCUGCAGGAAAACGAUAACGUCUGUGCCCAGCUCAGUGCAAGUAGCACUGAUCCAGGCAAAAAAUUUUCUGGAAGACCCAUGUGUACCUUACUAACCAACAAAAGAUAUGAGCUGCUGUAUAACUGUGGAAUUCAGCUUCUUCACAUCGGAAGGCCUCUUGCUGCCUUCGAGUGUCUUAUUGAAGCUGUUCAGGUUUAUCACGCAAAUCCCCGCCUUUGGCUACGACUGGCUGAAUGCUGCAUUGCUGCCAAUAAAGGAACUUCUGAGCAAGAAACUAAAGGUCUUCCCACCAAAAAGGGCAUUGUACAGUCUAUUGUUGGUCAAGGCUAUCACCGGAAAAUCGUUCUGGCAUCACAGUCCGUUCAGAACACCGUGUAUAACGAUGGACAGUCUUCAGCCAUUCCUGUAGCCAGUAUGGAGUUUGCAGCCAUUUGUCUUAGAAAUGCCUUGUUGCUGUUACCUGAAGAACAGCAAGACCCAAAGCAGGAAAAUGGCUCCAAAAACAGCGGCCAACUAGCAGGGAACACUGAGAGCAGCGAGAGCAACGAAACAUGCAGCAGUAAAAGCCAUGAUGGGGAUAAAUUCAUUCCAGCUCCACCUUCUUCUCCUUUGAGAAAACAAGAACUAGAAAACUUAAAGUGUUCCAUACUCGCUUGCAGUGCUUAUGUGGCUUUGGCCUUGGGUGAUAACCUCAUGGCUUUGAAUCAUGCAGAUAAACUUCUUCAGCAGCCCAAGCUGUCAGGGUCUCUUAAAUUUUUGGGCCAUUUAUAUGCUGCAGAAGCCCUCAUCUCCCUGGAUAGAAUAUCUGAUGCUAUCACACACUUGAACCCAGAGAACGUCACUGAUGUCUCCUUAGGGAUUUCUUCAAAUGAGCAGGACCAAGGAUCAGACAAGGGUGAAAAUGAAGCAAUGGAAUCCUCUGGCAAGCGUGUCCCUCAGUGCUACCCCAGUUCUGUCAACUCUGCCCGGACUGUGAUGCUGUUCAACCUGGGCAGUGCGUACUGCUUGAGGAGCGAGUAUGACAAAGCUCGGAAGUGUCUGCACCAGGCGGCUUCAAUGAUCCAUCCCAAAGAAGUGCCCCCUGAGGCCAUCUUGCUGGCAGUCUACCUUGAACUGCAAAAUGGUAAUACCCAGCUGGCCCUACAGAUUAUCAAGAGGAACCAGCUGCUCCCUACAGUGAAAACCCACUCUGAAGUGAGAAAGAAGCCAGUGUUUCAGCCUGUCCACCCGAUCCAGCCCAUCCAAAUGCCAGCCUUCACCACCGUGCAGAGGAAGUGAGACUUUGCUUUGGGGAACUGUUACCUGAAACCAGGGGAGUCCUUGCUGGCUUUUCAGUUAUCUCAUAGUAAAGUGAGUAAAGAAAACCCUGACAUGAAAAGUGCUCGUUUCCAGGACAGUUUCAAACUGUUCUCCCCUGCCUGGAUCUUUAUCAGGAACUCCCUGAAAAUUAAGGAUUCAUAUACCCACUUCAGUUGUUUUUCUUUAAAACUCUGCCAGACUUAAUUUUGAACCAUUAUGUGAUAUGUCAAUGUCACAGGCAAUUAAAAUAUGAUCUUAUCAGAA